AUGGUGGAUGAUGCUUGUAUUGUUGGAGCAGAAGUUUAUGUUCGUAAGUCAACAAAUGAGACUCGAUUAAAUCAAGCAGCUAACUUUAAUGCUUCCCUAACAUUUGGAAGUCAAAUAAGCCACAUGGAAGAGGAAGUCCAAAGGCAAAAUCAAGGAUUUCAUUUUCAAUAUCUGAAAAGUUUUUCACCAGUUUCAACACUAUUUUGCAUUGAACCUACUAAUCCUAAUGAUGUGGAAAUGUUCUCACCCUCGAAUGAAGAACUUGUGGAUUUCAGCAGUGUUGAACAAAUAGAAGAAACUGACAAUCCUUCACUCGUUGAGCACCUGUCAAAGUCAAAUCACAAUUUCGCAGAUUUUGCUUUUGCUGCAUUGGGGAGAGUUCUUUAUUUCCUGAAGAAUAGAAAAGUGAGAGACAUGAAUGAGCAAGCUUGUAAGGAUCUUCAAGUUUUAUGGGAUGAACUUCAGAAAUUUAAAUAUGAUCUUACUUGGAUUGAGCCACAAGUUCAAUAUGCUUUAGGAAUGAAAAGUUAUGUGGAGAAAGCUUUGCAGUUAGAGAAGUUGAAGGAGAAUAUGGUAGCUCUACAACUGGAAAUGGAGAGGCUAAAUGCAAAAUUGGUUGGUGCUAAGGUAAGUUUUGACAUAGAAAAAGAUUUGUUGAAAGCAAAAGGCUAUGAAGAGAGAGAUUUGGAUUCUGAAUUGGGAUAUGGGAGUUGGAGACCAUAGAUGUAUAGCUAAUUAUGGGUUGAUUUCAAUGUCUUCAA